CUGACUCGUGACUCAUCUUCAUUAGCACCACCAUAGUCAGAGCCUUCACGCAAAGCACGUUCACCACCCUUCUUUUUGGAUCUCGUAUUUCGCUCACCAUGUCCGCCACCAUCGAAGAGAUCGCCGACGACGUCAAGGACCUGCAGGUGGAGUCCGAUGGCGAGGGUCAGGCAACUGGAGGAGACGUGACGAUCGGCGAGCAUGUGCUCUCCAAGCCUGAGCGAAAGAGCCGCAAGAGCUUGCAAGGCAUCGGACUCAAGCGUGUGCCUGGAAUUACCCGCGUCACCAUGCGCAGACCCCGCGGACACCUGUACGUGAUCGCUACGCCCGAGGUGUACAAGUCAUCCACUGCGGAUGUCUACGUCGUCUUUGGCGAGGCCAAGUCGGAGGAUCAGUCCUUCGCCGCUCAACAAGCCCAAGCUCAGCAUCUGGCUCAGCAAGAAGCGCAAGAGAAAAUGCUGGCCGAGAGCUUUGCCGCAUCUCAGGCAAACUCGGGGGCUGGAAAGGAGAAGAAGGAGGAGGAACCCGAGAGUGACGGGGAGAUCGACGAGACCGACGUCAAUGCCAAGGAUAUCGAGCUGGUCAUGCAGCAGGUCUCUUGCUCCCGCCGCAAGGCCGUCAAGGCUCUGAAAGCUUCCAACGGCGAUCUCAUCAACGCUAUCAUGAGCGCUUCGUAGAUGCAAUCUGCACCGCUCACGGCGGAGCCCGUUUGUGUAUCGAAUCACAAUUCCGGUGCCUAUUCGUUCAGGCUCUGCAAAAUUGCCAGAAGGCACCGCUGUCUACUGUGCACAACAAUGACAACAGAAUGAUACAAAAAUUCCAUUCGCCUCUUCGCUCGUUGGCUGUGGGCGCCAAUGAGGCCAUCAGGGCGCUGC